AGAAUACUAAAGCAGCGCAUGCAAACUCCGGCAGGCACACGUGAUUGUUGGGUUGUGCUGCGUGACAGCUUCAGCGGGCGUCUAGCGUCUGAGACGGAUGCUGCACUACUAUGUCGCAUUCUGCCGGGGUUGUCAUUUUGGGGAGAUGGCUGUCUCUGUUCAUCAUGAUGGUGCUAGCAACCCUGGAGUUUGGGCUCGCUAUCGACUGCUUCAAAUGCGUGUCCCUGAACGGAAACUACCCAGCGUGUGACGAUCCAUUCCACAAUAACUUCACCGCUGGGAUUCUGGAGGCGCCAUGCAUGGGCGGACGCAAGGGACGCAACGGAUUAUUCCCUGCCACGGCGUGCAUCAAGCUGGCAGGUGUUUAUGAUGAUACUGGUGACCGAAUCACUGUACGUGGCUGUGCACUGGACAGUGGUACGCUCACUACUGACACUGAAAUCAUUCGCAUGUCCCACUGUGGCGGUUUCUACUUUGAUGACAGGUAUGUGCGAGGCUGUCUCCAGAGCUGUGAUGAUGCUGAUGCUUGUAACAGGGCCCCCAUGUUACAAACAUCUCUUGGGCUGCUGGCAUUGUGCUCCAUUACACUGAUGGCCAGAAUAAACGCUGGUAACAGUACUGCACCAUAACAUCUGUAUAAGUAAGUCAUGACUGGCACUGGGUCACAGUAUGCUCACUGGCUGCA